AUGGAUGAUAAAUACAUAGGACUCGCUUUGGCGAUGUCUUCUUCGCUAGCAAUUGGAACCUCAUUCAUUAUCACAAAGAAAGGGCUAAUGGACGCGUCGGCACGUAGUAGGCAGUCCAAUUCCAGUGACGGGACUGUACAGGCUACAGAAUACUUGCAGAACCCUAUAUGGUGGGGAGGUAUGAUCACCAUGGCUAUUGGAGAGAUUGCCAACUUUGCCGCCUACACUUUUGCACCGGCUAUCUUGGUCACGCCAUUGGGUGCAUUAUCUGUCAUUAUUGGAGCAGUGUUGGCUGCUAUAUUCUUGAAGGAGGAAUUGGGAACAUUGGGGAAAAUGGGCUGUGCCAUUUGUCUUAUGGGAUCUGUCAUUAUCAUUUUGCACGCACCGCCUGAUAAAGAAGUGCAGACUGUUGAUGAAAUCUUGGGCUAUGCAACACAACCAGGAUUCCUAUUUUACUGUUGUGCAGUGGGACUUUACUCGUUGUUUAUGAUAUACAAGAUAGUUCCCAAGUACGGAAACACCAACCCAAUGAUUUACUUGUCGAUUUGUUCCUCAGUGGGAUCUAUAUCUGUUAUGUCGAUCAAAGCUUUUGGAAUUGCAUUGAAAUUGACAUUGAGUGGCAAUAAUCAAUUCACUCACGUGUCCACAUACUUGUUCUUGAUUGUGGUGGCAUUGUGUAUCAUCACCCAAAUGAACUACUUCAACAAAGCCUUGGAUCAAUUUGAUACCUCCAUUGUCAAUCCCUUAUAUUAUGUCACAUUUACGACAUUCACCUUGGUUGCAUCGUUCGUUUUGUUUAGAGGAUUCAACACUUCAUCUGCAGUAGACAUCAUCUCCUUAUUGAUUGGCUUCCUCAUCAUCUUCAGUGGAGUGUACUUGCUCAAUAUCGCUAGAAAAGAAAACAGUGGACAAAAUCGUGAGAUAUUUGGUGUUCACAGCUCAAAGGACAUGGCUCCGUUGGAUAAUGGGGUAGGAGGAUUCUCAACAGUCAGGAGAUCGAUGCAAGUAAACAGGUCUAUGGACUACGAUGAGGAAGAGAGGGUGGCUCUAAGGAGAAUCGACAGUUUUGAAAUAGACAGCGAUGGAGAGGACUCAAGAAAUCAUAGACACUGA